AUGGAGUUCUUCUCCGACGGCGUCCACGUGCGGCUGCGCAGCCGCGCGACCGGCGGGUACCUCCACGCCGACGAGGACGGGGCCGGCGUCUCCCUGCGCCCGCGCGCCCGCGCGUCGCUGAACGCCGCGUGGAGGGUCCAGCGCGUCGCGCGCCAUGGGAGCGCGUACGUCUUGCUCCAGGGCGCCGCCUAUGGGCGGUACCUCGCGCUCUCGCCGGAGAAGGCGCCGCCGGGCCACCGCGCCGUCCAGAGCGACUACGACGCGCCGGGGCUGGACGCCAUCGUGUGGAAGGCCGUCACGGCGGGGGACGGGACCGACGACGUCGUCCUCGUGCGCCACUUCUCCUACCGCCUCCUCCGUGCCGACGUCAGGUGCCGCAUCUGGCGCGCCGCCGGCGUCGCCGUCGACGAGUACGGCAACCGGAGUUCGAUGAUGCGUUGGACGGUCGAGGCCAUCCCCGCUAGACCAGCGCCGCCCGUCCUUCCAGUUCCAGGCCCUGCCACACCUGCUCUGCAGCAGAAUCUAGUAGGCCUCUUCUGCCGCAAGCGGACAAUCCGGUACGUGUGGGCCGACGACCACGGGAAAUUCGACGAGCUAGGCUGGGCCUCGUUCGAGUUCUACGGCCGGUCCUUGUACAACCUGAGGGCCGAGGUGGCGCGCCAUGCCGACGAGGAGAUCUCCUUCGACAUCACACUGUGCGUGCGGCCUGGCUUCUACGGGCGGCUGACCCCUCUGGUCAUCGACCUGCCUCGCAGCGAGGAGCCAAUGGACAUCGUCGUCCUCACCACCUGGACACCAGGUAAGAACUUUGCAGUUUUCAAUGACUAG